CCCCCACCUGUAUUUAAUGCUUGUCUUACUCUCUUUACUCUCUUCUGCCUACAAAUACUCUCCUUCCCUCUUCUCUUCUCUUACACCAAUUAACAACAUUUCAAACUUUCUUUGUCCUGCUCUAGUCUCAUCUCCCUGUAUACAGACACAGCAUAUAUACACAAGUAUCUCAAGAACAAGAAGAAGAAUAAGAGAAGUCAUGUCUUGCUCUUUGAGGAGUGGACUCGUGAUAGUGUUCUGUUUCAUUCUUCUGCUUUUGUCUUCCAAUGUUGGAUGUGCCUCUGCCGCUCGUCGUUUAAGGUCACAUAAGCAUCAUCAUCACAAGGUUGCUUCUUUGGACGUCUUCAAUGGUGGAGAAAGGAGGCGGGCGUUGGGUGGAGUCGAGACAGGGGAAGAAGUAGUAGUCAUGGAUUAUCCUCAGCCUCAUCGUAAGCCUCCGAUCCACAACGAGAAGUCUUAAUUACCCGAUCCAUAUAUACCAGUCUCUCUAAAUAUAUCAUACUGUUAUAUGCAUAUGCAUUCACCAUGUUGGUGGUUGUAAUGACUCUUGUGCUAUCUCUAUAUAUAUUCAUGACCAACUUCUUUGUUCUCUAUUUCUCCUCGUAUACAACAAACAAGGUGCUUCCUAUUAAUUACUCUGUUUCUUAUGGGUAUUGCAUAAAAGAUUUUCAACAUUUGAG